AUGCACCCCCCAGCACGGCUAUUGCGGCAGGGAAUUACCUUGCAUGCCUGCAUCGAUGACGGCCGCUGGUCCGGUACGCCUGGCUCACCUUCUAUCCUGAAUGCAAGCCCUGAAGCAGCAGCAGCUGGUGGAAACCUGGCGCUUCUUCGUGGCGGUGAUCGGUUACGAGUGCAUUUGAAUAGGCGUCAUGUUAAUAUUUUGAUUGGAGAUGAGGAACUCCAGCGUUGUUAUGAGGGUCUUAAGGCUCGAGGUGGGUUCUCUGUGCCUUAA